AUGGCUCUUACCAUCUUACACUUCAAUGAUGUGUACAACAUCGACGAGCAGAGAGAUGAACCACGAGGUGGAGCUGCUCGCAUGAAGUCCUACAUCCAAUCCCAGCAACAGUUUCAGCCACUGGUGCUGUUUAGUGGGGAUGCUCUCAAUCCAUCGCUGAUGAGCAUAUUUUUCAAAGGAGAACAAAUGAUUCCUGUUUUGAAUGAGCUUGGAGUCGCUGCUGCUGUUUAUGGCAACCAUGACUUUGAUUUUGGAGUUGACCACCUAGAGGACAUGGCUGAGCAGUGCAAGUUUCCUUGGCUACUGAGCAAUGUCAAUGACAUGGUCAACAAUGAGCCGCUGGCGCAAGGACAGACUCAUGCCAUUAUUGAACAUGCUGGCAUCAAAAUUGGCAUUAUGGGGCUGGUGGAGAAGGAGUGGAUCGACACACUGUCAACACUUGACCCUGCAGACGUUUUGUUCUCAGAUUUUGUCGAAGUAGGCAAGGACCUGGCCAUGGUUUUACGUAGAUCUGGUGCCCAGCUGGUUAUUGCACUGACCCACAUGAGAGUCCCAAAUGAUGAAAAACUUGCUGAGGAUGUUGAUGGCAUUGACCUGAUUCUGGGAGGGCAUGAUCAUGAUUAUGAAAUUAUACAGGUUAAAGACAAAUAUGUCAUUAAAAGUGGAACUGAUUUCCGCAACAUGAGCAAAUUGACCUUGACCAAGAAUGAGAAUCAAAGCUGGGAUGUAGCCAUUGAAAGGGUAGAUUUGACCUCCAGCAUACCAGAGGAUGAGCAGAUGAAGAAACUGGUCAGUGAAAAAUUAGCCAGUGUGGAUGAGAAGAUGGAUACUUAUCUUGGUCAUAUGAAUGUGGAGAUGGAUGGACGAUUUUCCUCCAUUCGAACUCAGGAAACUAAUUUAGGUAAUUUUAUCACUGAUGCUAUCCUGACGGCAACAAAAGCUGAUUGUGCCUUGCUGAACUCUGGAACCUUGAGAUCUGAUCGUAUCCACCCAAAGGGAGACUUCACAAUUCGAGACCUGUUGACAAUUCUUCCAAUGGUAGACUCUCUUGUAGUGAUCAAAGUCACAGGUGCUCAGUUAUUAGAAGCACUAGAAAAUAGUGUCAGCAAGUAUCCAGUGAAAGAGGGCCGGUUCCCACAGGUGGCAGGAAUCUCAUUUGGAUUUGAUCCAACUAAGCCUCCAGGGAAAAGAGUUGGCCAUGAAUUAGUCAAGGUUCAGGAUGAGUAUAUUGACCCUGACAAGGAAUAUCUUUUGGCAACCAAGGAAUAUUUGGCUCAAGGAAAAGAUGGCUAUGAUGUCUUCAAAAAUUGUCCGAUCGUGGUAGCAUCUGAGCAGUGUCCAGCACUGUCGACUGUAGUGCAGAAUCAUUUUGAAGCUGUACAGAUCUUUCUAGGGGAGAAGCACUGUAAGUCAGGCCACCGACAGAGCCUUGUGUCACUGAAGAGACGGGAAGAGUUCAUUCGGCAGCUCAGUGUGGACAACAGCAAGAAGAAGUUAAAUAAACUUGUCAGACAGGAGAGUAUCCAAGGCCUUGAAGCAGAACAGUGUUAUCUGACACCAAGAGUCGAAGGGAGAAUCUACAUUCUUACAGAGGAGGACAUUGUAGUGAACCCAGAGAGUCAUUGCAGAAAUAAACGUCUGCCUCCUUGGACUUUUGACUGCCAAUCCUCGUACUCAAAACAUGCCUCUUUAAGGUUAAGCAUUGCAGCUGAUGUUUGUCACAGACCUCUGUUAUGA